AAAGGCUCAGUCCUAAUCUCCAUCGUCAUCCCCAACUGUCUCUCCUCUUGCACGAGCACAAGUCAUCAUGGCAACUAAAAUAGUUAUUCAGCAGCCUAAGCCACUUGUUCUGGCUCCUGGUUCAGACCAGUGGUCCUCUGGCAUCUGUGAAUGUGACAACCUCAAUGACUGUUGCUUUGCGUUCUGGUGCUGCCCAUGUUUCGCCUGCAUCACAGCCAGAGAUCACGGAGAGUGUCUCUGCCUGCCUCUGCUGGACAGUUUCGGCCUCAUCCCACCUAUCACUAUGGCAAUGAGAGUGUCUGUCCGCCGCACCUAUGGAAUUGAGGACUCUAUUUGCAAUGAUUGUGUGUUAUCCUUCUGCUGCGGGCCAUGUUCCUACUGUCAGUUAAGACGUGAGCUGAUAUCUCGCAACCACCCCGUCACCCUCUUCCGCAACAGACCAAAAUAAAGAACUUCAUCAUCAGUCACUAAAAGAAAUGAUCUUUAUGUGUGUUGGAGAGGUGCAAUGCUUUGUUUGGAAUUCAGUUCUGAUCCAAGGAAUGAUGUGGAUUUCAGCUGUAGUCUGCUGAGGAAUGAAGACUGAAAACUCUUCUCUAAAAAUACAUGAUUUAUUAGGGUUAUGCAUUAUAUUGAUGUUUUAUGUAUUGAUGUAGAUUUGGAGCAAUGUUUGUAUCAACUUUGAGACUAUCAAUUUGAAUCAUGAGGUCCUUGUUCAUUUUGUUUCAAAGCUGUUGUUUUUAGCUAUGUUUUGUUUAAUUUUAUGAAUAUUUCUUUCUGUAUAUUAUG